AUGGAUGUGCUUCCCCGUCUCGUCGACAGGGCGCUAGCUAUUGCGCACUUGGACGCGGUAGAUGCCCUGCGAGCCUUCUUUCUCUUUGCAUCGUGUACGAUCCUGUCGGUCAGCCUGUUAGAUUCCCUUCGAUCGCGCUUCGUCCCUUAUGGCGCUCGUGCAACCGUGAGUUUCGAGUCGGAUUCUACCCCCUCUGAGCUUUCGAGCAGCUCUCCGUUAUCUCACAUUCUCGACUAUCUGGCCUCCUUGAAAGUCCCCCACAGCUAUUUCACGCAAUUCUACGUUGUCUCGGUAUUAUCCUCCGUUUUCUGGGGCGCUCAGCUCCUGUACCAUGGACAGGCAUUCCAGGCCAUCGCGACGAGAAUACACCCGGAACACCUGCAGAGGACGAUGUCAAUCAACCAGAUUAUGCUGUGCUGGCUGUUGAUGCUCGUCCAGGGGGUGAGACGGUUACAUGAGUGCUUCGCCUUUUCCAAGCCCUCUUCGUCCCAGAUGUGGUUUGCGCACUGGCUGGUGGGGAUUGCCUUCUAUCUAGCAAUCUCGAUCGCACUGUGGAUUGAGGGGACAGAAUCGUUGUUGUCCCAUAAAUUGAGCCUCGACGAUGUAACUGUGAACAUCGCUCCAAGCCUGCGUACAUUUCUCUGUCUGCCAAUCUUUCUGUUUGCAUCUGGCCUGCAACAUGACGCCCACCAUUAUCUGUUCUCUCUCACGAAGUACACCCUUCCUUCUCACCCCCUGUUCCGAAGAAUCGUAUGUCCGCACUACACGGCUGAAUGUGCGAUCUACCUAUCAUUGGCUCUGCUCGCCGCGCCCCGAGGAGAGCUGAUCAACAAGACGGUUUUAUCCGCUGCCGUCUUUGUCGCAGUCAACCUAGGCGUCACUGCAGCGGUUACCAAACGCUGGUAUAUGCAAAAGUUCGGCGAAAACUCGGUGCGGGAAAGGUGGAACAUGAUCCCUUGGGUAUACUAA